AUGGCGACAGUGGUGAUGGAGCAGAUUGGCCGCCUUUUUAUCAACGCCCAGCAGCUGCGUCAGAUCCCUCAGCUACUAGAGUCGGCCUUUCCCACACUACCUUGCACCGUCAAGGUGUCGGACGUUCCCUGGGUGUUCCAAGAGCGUCACAUCCUCACUGGCUACAGACAGCCGGACCAUAGCUGGCGCUACUACUUUCUCACCCUUUUCCAAAGGCACAAUGAGACGAUUAACGUAUGGACCCAUCUGCUGGCCGCACUCAUCAUCUUAGUGAAGUGGCAGGAAAUCUCACAGACUGUUGAUUUUUUGCGAGACCCUCACGCUCAGCCCCUCUUCAUCAUUCUCCUGUCUGCUUUCACCUACCUCUCCUUCAGCGCGCUCGCUCAUCUCUUGUCUGCCAAAUCCGAGCUUUCGCAUUACACUUUCUACUUCCUCGACUACGUGGGUGUGGCCGUCUACCAGUACGGAAGUGCGUUGACACACUACUACUACGCCAUUGAGGAGUCUUGGCACGCCAGAGUCCAAGGGCUCUUUUUACCUGCCGCUGCUUUCUUGGCAUGGCUCACAUGCUUUGGCUGCUGCUAUGGCAAAUAUGCCAGUCCCACGCUGCCCAAGCUUACCCACAAGCUUUUCCAAGUGGUGCCCUCGGCCUUGGCCUACUGUUUGGACAUCAGUCCCGUGCUUCACCGCAUCUACACAUGCUACCAGGAAGGCUGCUCCGACCUGGUUGCAGUGUAUCACCUCUACCAAGUGCUCUUUUUUCUUAUCGGCGCCUACUUUUUUUCCUGCCCCCACCCAGAGAGCUGGUUCCCGGGGAAGUGUGACUUCAUUGGGCAGGGCCACCAGAUCUUUCACGUGUUCGUCAUGGUCAGCACCCUACUGCAGAUCGAAGGACUGCGAAUAGAUUUCACUGAGCGGCGGCGCCUCUACGAGCGACUUCACGGCGAUCUCGCUCAUGACGCUGUCGCACUCUUUAUCUUCACCACCUGCUGCAGUGCACUCACUGCUUUUUACGUGCGCAAACGUGUGCACACUUCUCUCCAUCAAAAAUACAAUUGA